GGGAAAUGUAACUAGAUGAUACAAAUUUUCUAAGUUGGUUAAGGGAGGCAACCUAAUAACUAACCAAGAUAUCGAAUGACUCUAUUCAGAACAUAUAUAUCCAUCUCUAACAAACAGAUGCAUUAUCUAAUACUUGGCAUUGCUGAAUCACUUGUUUUCAUUAGUUUUGUUCAUCUGGCGCUCUUCACUCUUUAUUUCUGCCAUUAUCUGCUGUACGAUCGUUUGAACUUCUGUACCAUUAAGAGCUUCACUCGCGCCUUUCUUCAUAGAGCCCCAUCGAAUCCCCAAAGCCCCCACGGCAGACGCGCAACUCAAAGCUAGCGAAAUGUAAAGUGUCAGUAUGAGAGAGCGGCUGUAAGCCACAAUUGCUGCCCCCUGGCUCUCUGCAGGUAGCGUAGAUAUUAAGUCACCGACACCUGAGUUUAGGAGCAAGGUGUCCAAAUCGGGAACUAUGGACUGAAGAUGAGAGCGCAGCUCGCCUUAUAGGAUACUCUGUGCCACAGCCACAAAGAUCGACGAACUGAGAUUUUGGACCAGUGUGAUAAACGUCACACCCACAGGUACGUCAGCACUUGGCAGCACGGUUUGGACUACAUAGCUGGGCUGCCGCAGCAACACUAGCCCGUCAGUUACACACUGCCGUCGUUUUCGAUUCCAAAACUUGUCGAAACGCGAAGGCAUCCCAGAUGCACAUGGUCCCAGGUUGGGAGAAUAGGAACCCCAAAGACUUCCGCAGCGCCACAAGAAAUGACAUCGUGGCCAGUUAUUCCGCUAAUAUCCAGUUCGUCGACGUCGAAGUGACCAAAGUCGAAAAGGAGAGCGACUCCCACUUCAGGGUCUGGGACGGCCAGGGGAAGGAGUGGAACGUUCGUAAAGUGAUACUUGCCGUCGGAUCGUCCGAUACCUAUCCAGACAUCGAAGGUUAUGCACAGCUAUGGGCCAAGCGAAUCUUUCACUGCCUAUUUUGUCAUGGUUAUGAAGAUCGCGGUGCAUCAUAAUCCGGCGUGCUCGCCGUUUCUCCCAUCUCGAUUGCCGCUAUGGCUGUCCAUAUGGCAGAAAACGCGGCUCAGCAUAGUGACAGCGUCACCCUGUAUACACAUGGCAACGAUGAAAUGGCAGCUCAGCUCAGCCCCAUCGCCAAUUCCAAGUUCAAAGUGGAGCCUCGCCAAAUCAGACGUCUCCGAGAGAACGCCCAAGCCAAUUCAGUUAUUGUAGAAUUCGUGGACGGGUCCAGCAAAGAGGAGAAGUUCUUGGUUCACAACCCUCAAACCAGUGUUCAGGGCCCCUUCGUCAGCCAGCUUGGGAUCACCCUUACGCCCAUGGGUGAUAUCCAGGCAGACGCACCAGUGCACUAGUCUAGCGUUCGUGGUGUUUUCGCCGCCGGUGAUUGCAUUACGCCAUAUAAGGUGAUACCAGGCGCCAUCUCGAGCGGUUGUAACGCAGCGGUGGCAGCUAGCACUCAGUUGCAGGCCGAGAAGUACGAUCAGCCACCCAUGUUCUGAAUCAACAAUCAAGUGACAAGGCCUGCUGUAUAGCCAAUAUAGUCCCGAUUAUACAAGGACAUAUCUGGGUCCUCUUAUAACAGUGCCCAGGAUCGUGCAUGAAAUUCAAAAUACAACUUUCCUUAAAAGAUUAAGUACAUAAACG